AUGCCUCGAGAACGGAAACCUAAAAAGACACCUGCCGUGGUGACCCUUGAAGAUGGCUCCGAAGCACCGCCAAAGCCAGCAAAGAAGCGGAGAGGGUCGGCGGCAAACAGGGGCGCCAAUGCGGCAAAUGCAAACGCUAAUGCCGGUCCUCAGAGUCACAUGCACCAGAAUGGCGACCCUGGCGGAAUGGGCGGCCCAGGGCACCAGAUGUACGUUCCACAGCCACACAGCGGCUACGGGGACACGCUCUUUGCCUCCAAUCCAUUCGACGACAACCCACCGCCGAUGAUGUCCGGAGGCCCUGGGGGAGGGCUUCAAGGAAUGCCGCCGCACGGAAUGCCACCCAACAUGGGCGGCCCUAUGGGACCUGGCGGCCAAAUGCCUCACGGGCCACCACCUCCACAUGGCCACGGGCCGCCACCAGGAAUGAUGAUGGGCGGGCCUGGUUGUGGCCCGAAUGGAAUGCCGAUGAUGGGCGGCCCACCGCCACCGGGUAUGAUGGGACCUCGAGGGCCUCAUCCCGGCGGCCCACAUGGUCCGGGCGGCGGCGGAGGUCACCCACACGGACCACCUCACGGACCACCACCACCACCUCCAGGCAUGAACGGCCCACCGCCGCCUCGCAUGGGCGGCCCUCCACCACCGCCUGGAUCUGGCCCCCAUCCGGGCGGCCCCCCGCCUCCCCCCAGCUCAAUGAUGCCCGGGCGAACGUACCCGCCGGAGCAGUCGAUGGUCUUCAACCCCAACAAUCCCAAUGCGCCGCCCAUCUACCCGUGCGGCAUCUGCCACAAGGAGGUCACCGAAUCCGACCAGGGCAUCCUCUGCGAGUCGGGCUGCAAUUUUUGGUUCCACCGCGCCUGUACCGGUCUCAGCGAGCGGGCGUUCAUCAUGCUGAAGCAGGAGGUGUACGCGGAAUGGGUCUGCGAUAUUUGCCUCAACAGCAAGCAGAUACCGAUGAUCAAGUUCAAGCCCUGA